CGCGUGCAGACGCUUCCUCGCCUGAUACGACUUGUGCCUGCCGGAGGAGCCAGGACCCGUUUCAAACUGUGUGCGUCGAGGCAGCGGAGCGUGGGAAUCAUGGCCAGGGUAAGGAAGGGGCUGCUUCUGCUGCUGACUCAGGUGGUGCUCGGCGCGCAGAAUUUCCCCACCGUUAGUCACCGCGGGUGGCGAGUGCUGGAGGUGAGCGUCGCGGCGGGCGCGGGGGUCGGUGAUCGCGACCGGAGGUUCCUCAGGAGCCUGGAGGGCCGCCGGGGGAUCGACUUCCUGCGGCAAGACGGCGCGAGAGGUGUUGUGGAGAUUGCGGUUCCUUCCGAGGUCGUAGAAGAAGUCACGGCUGAACUGAAGGAGAAUAAUAUGACGACGAAGACCAUCGUGGACGACUUGGCACAGAUAAUGAAUGAAAAAUCCCCACACUCACGCACGCUGGCCGCGGGCGAGGCCACCUUCGCACGCUUCAUGACCUACGAGGAGAUCGUAUCCUAUAUAGAAAGACUGCCUCAUAAGUACCCUGAUCGCGUCCAGCUGCGAGUGGCAGGCCUCAGCGAGGAAAAUAGGCCUAUUUACGUCUUGGUCAUCGCAUCACCCGGAGCCAGCGCGGACCGGCCGGUCAUUGUUGUGGAUGGCGGGGCGCAUGCGCGAGAGUGGGUGAGUCCCGCGGCGGCACUGUACCUUGUGGGCCGCCUGCUGGAGUCGCCGGCCCUCGCGCGCGGCGUUGAGUGGCGUGUCAUCCCGCUCCUCAACCCUGACGGCUAUGUCUACUCAUGGACGCACGAUCGACUCUGGCGAAAGAACAGAGCCAAGUUUGAAGGAGAGGACUGCAUUGGCGUCGACCUCAACAGAAACUUUGAUUACGCAUGGGGAGGCCCCGACUCCAGCCCCGACCCCUGCACGUCCAUGCACAUGGGCCGCCGGCCCUUCAGUGAGCGUGAGUCGAAGGCGGUCCGGGACGUCGUCCUCGAGGGGAACCGCACCCAGGUUUACGUGACUCUACACAGCUACGGACAAGAGAUCAUUUUCCCCUGGGUAUCGAGUUUCACAGACCAUCAAAAUCACGAAAAAAUGAGUCAUGUUGGGGAAGGGAUGGCCCGGGCGAUCGAGGCGAAUGACGGCACCAAAUUUAGAGUCGGGAAUGGCAAAAGCUUUCUCUAUUCCUUCGGCGGCACAUCCAUUGACUGGGCGGCGGGCGCGGUUGGGGUGCCCCUGGUCUUCGCGAUGGAGCUGCGGGACAUGAGGCACUUCAUCAUCCCUGACGACCUCAUCCAGCAUGCGGUUGAGGAUGUAUGGGUGUCCAUGAAGUACGUUGCUGAGGAACUGACAGAGGCCGAAGACUCCGCGGCCAGAGGAACGGAAGGUCCGCCCCCAGGAUUUGUUGAGUCUCCGUCGGAGGAAGCAGAGGAGACGCCUGUCGCUCCGUAUACAGAAAACGGCAUCGAAGCGGGAGAAGGAGCGAACACUACUGUAAAUCCGGAUAUCCAAAGCGACGAAAUUACCACAGGGCAGCCUAGCACAGAAGCCCCUGAUGUGUCCGAAAGUGACAUUUCCGGACUUGAGAUAACAACUGCGCAUACUGGCAUUGUUCAUAACGCUCUGAGCCCAAUGGACAUACAUGAGGUUAGGAAAGAUUCGAUAAAGAAACCAACUCUAUGGAAAAUAGUGAUGUCUUAACCCCAUGGAGAAGGACGAUUCUUUUGAUUUAAGUCUAGACUCUUGAAUCGCAAUAAACUGUAGACUUAA